CUUUUUUCCCGUUUGUAACGUAGAUACGAGCCAGUUAAAAAGUUCUCCACGGGGCGUUUAGAAUUUGUGGUAACUAAUUCCAUUACCACUCAGAGAGCAUUAGAUCCAGAGGCAAUGGCGAUUUAGGAGGAAUCGACAUUGACCAAUCGUCAUGGAGAGCGAGAAAGUGCUGCAGCGGACCUCGUCCCUGCUUCAGAACACGGCACUGAGCGACGUGACUUUCAUAGUGGGCCCUCCUUCGGCUUCUAAGAAGUAUGUGGGCCACAGAGUUCUCCUGGCUAUGACAUCGCCUGUCUUCGAAGCCAUGUUUUACGGGGACAUGGCGGACAAAUCGAAAGUCAUUAGGAUUACCGACUUGGCUCCGAUAGGAUUCGAGAAUUUGCUCAGGUAUGCCUAUACAGAUACUCUAAACCUUUCAACUGUGGAAGAUGCCAUGUUGACUGCCUAUGCCGCCAAAAAGUACCUUUUGCCGCAUCUUCUUAGAGAAUGCUUUGUCUUUAUUGAAGCCCACGUGUCCCCAAAGAACGUCUGUCAAGUGUAUGAGUUCGCCACUGUACUCGAAGCCCACCAUCUCAUUUACGAAUGCCUCAACAUCAUAGACAGACAAACGCACCAUGUCCUUACGUGUUCCACAUUUCCCUCCAUUUCUGUUUCAACGCUGGAAACCAUCGUGAGUAGACCCUACCUGAACAUUUAUUCUGAGUUUUCCUUAUAUUCUGCUGUCCAUCUCUGGGCAGAAGAGGAAUGCAAGCGUCGAAAUGUUGAAAUUGAGAUGGAAAACUUAAGAAUCGUUCUAGACAGUGUCCUGCCACAUGUACGUUUUCUCGCCAUGACAGCAGAGGAAUUCUGUAAAGGGCCAGCAAAGAAUGGACUGCUUUCAAAGGACGAAUGUUACGCAAUAUUUAUGAACCUUGCAAUUCCGGGAAUCGUUCCCAUGCCCAAGGGACUAACUUCCGAUAUGACAAAAAGGACUGUCCCGCCAGAUUUUUUCAUUGCCACUCGGUUCAAACCGACUGGCUUCCAUUCUCCAGUACGACCUAUUCGUGUGUGUGGUAUUCGUUUUACUGUCACCAACCAUGACAUCUUCCUCGUUGGCGUAGGAUUUCCAGUCCGACUGGACACGAAUUACUUUUCCGUUAGGCAGCCGAAGUUCGACGGUUCCCUCCGUUUCUUGUACAAGAUACAAGAGGAUAAAAUCGAGAGGGAAGAUAUGUCAGUGAGUUUCAGUUUGGCUAGAGACAAAGACGUCAGACUGCGGCUUCGAAAGACAUACUAUGUCAGGAAGGGUAUUGAAUGUGAGCUGGAAUUGCAUGUGAAUUCUAUGCUAGCCGAAGACGUGGUCAUUCCAAACUUGAGGAACCGCAAGAAAGAAGACACCGUUGACGGUAUUACUUUCCAUUUUCACCAGUUUAACAGAGGCCAAGCCAGUAAUGCCGCAGAGAUUAUGGAAUUCUCUGAAAUAUAUUACUAUUUUUGAAUGAUUUCGUCUUGAUGAAAAAUCGGUUUGGCUUGUUUAUGCCUGUUAAGGAGUUACGUCUUAACGUGAACGGUCAUUUCAGAAAGAAAUGAUUUAGUUAAUGGUGUCCUUUGGCAUUGAUGGCAAUCUUUUAAUGCAGUUUUCGAAUAAGGAAAUAGAUGGCGAUUGACAAAUAUGACGAUGUUGGUAUGCACGCAUUUUUUAAAUGAAAAUGCUCGUUGCAUUAACAUCUUUGGAAAAUAUUCUCAAAUUCCGUAAAAUUCGCUUAAUCAUCAUUAGCCAUGUUCUUCUAAACAAUAUCCAAACUGAAACUUGAUGCAUUUUCAUUGAAUACUUUUACAAUUUUCUAAAAUUUGAAAUAUAUUAAAUUACAUUGUUGGUUCGAACUACAAUUUUUGUACUAUUUCCGUGAAUACACUUUCAAUCUUGACUAAUAUAGUAAUCACAUGCUUAUAUUUGUAAACCAUAAAAAUAUUGUUUUAACUGUUCAUAUUUUUCUUGUACUAUUCUCACUUCUGCUUGUAUGUAAAAUCAAAACUUCUUUGUAUAUAUAUAUACAUAUAUAAUAUUUAUCUUUGUAUAAUAAAUCCGUAUGACAAUUUUCAGCUGCAUCAAUCAGCAUAGGAAAUUUGUGCACAUAACUGUAAUGAUUCCUGUGACAUAACUGUAAUGAUUCCUGUGACAUAACUGUAAUGAUUUCUUGUUGAUUUUUAAUGUAAAUAUUAUAACGUAUACACCAUGCAUGCUUUCUUGUUUGCUGAACUUUAUUUCAAUGAUUCGCUUAAAUAAACUAUAGCAUUACAUUAUAACCCCGUUUAUCCAAACCAAAAGGGGGUGGGAGCCAAUCACAUGGAAAUUAUUUAUGACAGUUAAUUGUUAUUAAAGGUUAAAGAAUAUAAAUUUAGCUCUGUUCAUCAAAAGUAUGCAUUGUAAUAUAUUUACAUAUGCAUUUAUUAUUCACAUACAUUUAUUAUUCAAAUUAAUGUGUUAUUAAUACAUUUCCCACUUCCAUACUUAAAGACCCCAUUCCGGAUAUGAACUCCUGGGGUGUUUACAGGAUUCCUUGCCGUGUGGUUUAAUUUGCAUUGGUCAAACUAAAAGAGCCUUAACAUUUCGCGUUAAAGAACGUGAGGCAUAUGUUAAGAAAAAGUAAACACAGAAGUUCUCUGUUGCCCAGCACUGUUGGUCCGAAAAUCACACUUUUCGGCAACCAAAAUUAUUAAAAAAAAAAAUCUUCCAUUGCUGAAUUAGAAGAGGCAUUUCAUAUUCAAAAAUAUCUUUCUGUUCUGGUUAAUGACCCUAAUUCAAAUCCAUAAUAACCUUCAGCCUUUAAGGAAAUUAUGUUUUAGUUUUCUUGUUUCAUCAAUAGAUGGCGCCAGUAGCUUUACUCUUGUACAGCCAUUCUUAUCUUAUCUCUUUCAUUUGCACUUCGGCAGUUGAGGAUAAUGGUUCUGUAGUUAGACCAUCAAAAUUAGUCUUGCAAAAUUUACAAAUACACGCUGAUUCUUGUUGUUUGACUUUUCCAAUAAUACGUUAGAUUCUUUUUUUUUUCCCCUUUCUAUUCAGCAGCCCUUGAUAGCAAUGCGCCAGGUACUACACGCCGCACUGUUAUAUCCCACAUCAAGAUCAUUUCCACAUGCAUGUUAAAGAGGUCUUAUUUUUAUACACAACAGUUUUUACGAUAAUGUUAUUCUGGAAGCCAUUUUGUUUAAAUUAAAUUUAAUAUUUUCAUUUUAAACAUCUUAUUUUCGUUUAAACCACAUAAUUGCUUUUGGUAAAGAAUGGGUGUUAAGUGUUUAAAACAGAAAAGAAACACGCCAAUAAACAACAUGCCAAGUGAAAUAUAAAAUUAGCAAAGCAAAAACCUUGUGUUUGAUGUUAAGGACGCAAUCGAUUUCGAAGGCAAACAUGUCCAGAUCCCUCUUCAUCAGGAGUAAGGAAAUCUGCAAGACUCGAAAACAGUGGGUUGCAAAAAUUAUUCAGAAAGCUUCUGCGAUUCGUGAAUAGUAUUUUCCUUCACAUUCACAAAGAUUUAUAUUGUUUAGUUAAUGGUUUUAAGUCUAACCAGUUCUUCCUAACAUUUUUAAAAUUGUAUUAACUGAAUUUUUCAAUUUCGUUACUAUUUUUUUCGACAGAUGGCUCUACCUUCUCGUUCGCUUUACUGCAGUAGAAUAUAUAUACGACGUUGCUCCUGCUGUUUUCUAGUCCUGCAGAUUUCUAUGCUCCUGAUGAAAAGGGACGUGUAUGUUGUAUGCCCUCGAAAUCGAUUGAGUUAUUGAUAAAAUCUUUUGCUAAUUUUAUAUUAAAUGUUUACUUAUUUAUUUAUAAAUCUUAUCACUUUUAUUAAAAUAAUUUGGAAGCUGUCAAGGAAUAAUACUUUAUAAUGAAAAUUAAUAGUACUGUAGAUUACACGUAUGAGUUUUUAGAAGAAUAGACACUUGUCGAAGACAAUAAAAAAAAUUCGUUAUAACCGUAAAUAAUCACAAGACUUCCACUUAAACCAUAAACCCACUUCUGGAAUACUGUCAGCAUUUCUUCUUGGUCACUUACAAAUUUCCACAGACGAAUGUGAAAACAAAUCCCUCGGAUUAAGAUGAUCCUUGAAUUUGUUGUAAUCUUUUAUGUUGCUAUUUCUGGUAGAUAAAUAGCUUUCAGUUAUUAUUUAUAAGGAAGAUCUGCUGAUUUUGAAUUUUAGAUUGCUUUUUAAAAAUUAGAACUAAUUUUAUGUGUUAAAAAGUAACAUUAUCAGCUAAGUGCUGCUGUUAAUGUUUUAUUGAUAAUCCAGAAAACGUUAUAAUAUACGUUUUUUAAACGAACUGUCUAACGAAAAUUAGCAGCAUUUUGAAAUUCCCGGAAGCUGUAAAACAGCGCCGUAUCGCUAAAUGCAGUUACUUAUUUUUAACCCACAAUUUAUAUCGAUUUUUCAACUAAUUCUUUUAGUAUAUUUAUGCAAAACAUAAUAUUCAGAUUGAUAUAAAUAAUUCCACUGUUUUAUCGAAAUUAUUCUUUGCAUGUUUCACCAAAAUUUGUUGUCUAUUCUUUGAAGUAAAGUUUGAAGUUGUAAUUAAUUGAAGCUGUAUUAUAUAUUUAUUCCCUAAUCAGCAUAGUAGAUAGUACAUGUAACACAAAUCAUUAGCAUAGCCUGAAAAUAUAACAUAAAGCAAUUUUCUGAAGUAAGAUGAUUUUUAGAACUUCGCUGAAUUUUGGCCACGUUUUUCAGGCUUUUAAUACCUUUUUUGCUUUACCACCCUAUUAAGUUAUAUUAUAUUAACGAAAGAAAUACAUCUUAUUGCGUAAACUAUUAUGAAAAUGUAAACAAACACUGUCCAAAAAGAAACAUAUUGCUAAAUUAUUUAGAAAAGGACAGGAACGAAUAAAGCUCUGGUAAAAGUAAAUUUUAUUUGAAACUAGCUAUCGGAGAAUGCAGAUACUUAAACUCGUCUUCUGAAUUAUAUUUAGCACAGAAUUCCCUGUUUUUGCAUAUGAUGUGAAGAUUAAUUAUCUGCGUUAUACCCUAAUAAUGAUCAUCUGUACUAUAUUGCAUUAUACUGAAAUAAUACUGUAUAAUCUGUAGCAUUCAUCUCUAAAGAAUAAAACAACGAAAAUAAACCGAUUUGAAAGAAUUUCACAUGAUUGGUAGAAAUUCACUGAUUCAAUGUGAUUUUUGUUUACAAUUUUGAUCGAACUAGAAUUUUGGCUAAGCGGGGUUAUGCUUUUAAGUUUUGCCACAUUUUAAUUUAUGCUUAUUUUUCCCAAUAGUUAUAAUGCACUUGAAUUUGGAAGCAGUUAUGUAUAUUUUUAAAUAUUUGUCAUCAAAUCAAUAUUGUACUUUUAAGACUAACAUUAACCAUUAUUUUGUAAAGAAAUGAACAUUGUAUAAUAAAAAAUAUUUACAAUUUUAA